AUGUUAAAUACCACAUUGGAUUAUGAUAUACCGCAAGCUAAAAAGCUCAUUAGAGGCGAGUAUCCCUACUUACAUGACGAUGAUACAUGUAUCUGGUACGGAGAGUGUGGGGACAGUAACAUAACUGGAAAAACGGUCAACUGUCUGUAUAACAACAGAUCUCUUCCAUUAACUGAUACACUUGGUAUUGGCAUGCUGGAGGAGGUUUGUCCUAACCUGGCUUUCAAAGAUGAGACGACCGGGGAAUACAUGACUUGCUGUGACACGGAGCAGCUUGGCACAUUACAGAGACAAACAGCCUUCACACAAUCUGCUUUUGCACGUUGCCCGGCAUGUCUAGCGAACUUUAUGAACCUGUACUGUCAGUCGACCUGUAGCCGACAUAAUAGCAGGUUUGUCAAUGCCACGGUGAUACUAGAAAGGGAAGAACACAACGAAACACAGAUUUAUGAGGUUGACUACUACCUAACGCAACGGUAUGCCGAUGGCUUGUUUUACUCUUGUAAUGAAGUCAUCUUCCCCUCCACAAACUCCCCCGUGAUUGGACUCAUGUGCGGCUCGUAUUCUGCCGAAGAUUGCACAGCUCAACGAUGGUUAGACUAUAUGGGGAACAUUGAUAACGGAGUAACGCCUUUUCAAAUGAAUUUUAUCAUAACACCGAACGGCACCGACAUCGGAUUCGGAAUUGAGCCUAUGAAUACGCGCUUUGUACCUUGUAAUGAAGCACCCACCAAUGACACCUACUCAUGUAGUUGCCAGGACUGCUCGUUGUCAUGCGGCGAUGCUUUAGAACGACCCCCAGAAGAGGAGCCAUGGCUCAUAGCCGGUAUAGACGCCAUUCUCUUCAUAAUGAUAAUGGUAUUCUGUUUGUUUGUGGUAGUGUAUCUCGGACUUCUAGCUUUUUACUAUAUAAAGGUGAAAGAAAGUAAUGUCGAUUAUGAUUUGGAUGACAAGGAACUUUAUGUAGACCCCGAUGAAAUUAGCUGUUUUGAUAAGUCAGCAUAUAAUCUAGAUAAAUACAUGACCAUAGGGUUCACCCGUUGGGGCAUCUUAGUAACAUCUCACCCCAUAAAAGUAAUUGUUAUCGCGCUUAUACUCGUCACUAUAUGCGGCCUUGGAAACAUGUUCAUAGUCAUCACAGUUGAUCCAAUUGAUCUGUGGGUUUCUGAAGACAGUCAGUGUUUAAAAGAAAAAGAGUACUUCGAUACACACUUUCAGCCAUUUUGGAGAAUAGCGCAGGUCAUCAUCACAGCAACUGAACAUAAUUCUUCUAUCUACGAAUCUUGGCCAAAUGGAGUUCCCGAGAAUUUCGGACCUGUUCUGCAAAGAGAUUUCCUACAUCAGGUUCUGAUUAUGCAAGAUUAUUUAAACUACAUGGAGGUGUACUAUGAACCAGACGACGAAUACAUCACUUCGGCUGAUAUAUGCUACAAACCACUUGAACCGGAUAAUAUGCACUGUGCGAUACAGAGUGUGCUACAAUAUUAUCAGAACGACCAUGAGUUGUUAAAUAAAGUAGUACACGAAGAGGGUGAUGAGUACUCAGCGGAUUACAGAGAUCAUUUCCUGUAUUGCGUAAACUCACCUACAUCAGUUCAGGAUACAACACCGUAUGCAGAACCUUGUCUAGCAGAGUAUGGUGGUCCGACCUAUCCGUAUACUUGUAUGGGAGGAUAUGACGACGAUAACUACAACAAUGCCACCGCAUUAUUAAUAACGUUCUUGAACGACAACUACAUAGACAAUGACAAAGCCGUAGACAAAGUUGACACCUGGGAGGGAGCCUUUCUUGAAGUUGUAUCUCACUGGAACAAUUCAAAUUUUAGUUUGUCCUACUUUGCAGAGCGGUCGAUUGAAGAUGAGCUGAUUCGUGCAAGUAAAGCAGAUAUUUCUACCAUCGUCAUUAGUUACAUAUUUAUAUUCUGCUACAUUACGUUAGCUCUUGGUGAAAUCUACCAUUGUGACCGUUUACUGAUUGACUCCAAAGUGACUCUCGGGUUAGGAGGAAUCCUGCUUAUUCUGUGUUCAGUAUUUGCAGCUAUGGGAGUCUAUGGUUACAUAGGUGUUGAAUCUACACUCAUUAUUAUUGCAGUGGUGCCAUUCUUGUUGUUAGCGGUUGGUGCCGAUAUGAUGUUCAUAUUCGUUCUUGAUUACCAGAGAACAGAAUUGCUGCCGGAGGAGACACGGGAUCAAAAAAUCAGUCGUGUCUUGGGUUGUGCCGCACCUAGCAUGGUGCUAUGCAGUCUUACCGAAUCGAUAACGUUCUUUUUAGGUGCUUUAACUACCAUGCCAGCUGUCCGUACAUUUGCAUUGUAUGCAGGGUUAGCAGUAUUAUUCAAUUUUCUGUUACUCAUUUCCGCAUUUACUGCACUAUUAGCACUGGAUCUUAGAAGACAAGACGACAACAGGUUUGAUGUUUGCUGCUGUAUUCCGCCCAGGAAAAAGUCAACAAAACCAAAGCAUAGAGAAGUGUUGCAUAGUUUCAUGAAAAAGUAUUAUGCGCCCUUUAUUGUAAACAAAUGGGUUCGCCCAGUGAUCAUUAUAACAUUUGUUGGAUUUAUGUGUUGUUGUGUGGUAUGGAUGCCUCAGGUAACGAUCGGAUUGGAUGCAUCAUUAGCUAUGCCAUCGGACUCGUACAUACUUGAUUUCUAUGCUGAUUUAUCAGAAUAUCUUAUGGUCGGUGCGCCAGUUUACUUCGUAGUGGUUGGUGGCUACAAUUACUCAACAAUUGAAGGACAAAACAGAAUAUGCGGUGGUGCCGGGUGUAAUGCAGACUCGCUGACUCAGCAGAUAUACUAUGCUUCCCAAGAUCCUGAAUAUACUUCAAUUGCUCUGCCUGCUAUGUCCUGGAUAGACGACCACUUGGAUUGGGUACAGCCAACACUGACGGUGUUCAGGCCAUGCUGUCGUACGUAUCGUUUUGAUGAAGACAAAUUCUGCCGUUCAGAUGACCCAGGAAUAACUCUCCCUCAACCACUUCCGGGGUUAGUCCCUGACAAUAUCGCAGAACAUUCGGACGCUCUCAAAACACUAAACUGCAAACCGUGCCUUGAUUUGGAACAGAGUGGAGAAAGGCCGACUGUGCAGCAAUUCAACAAAUAUCUGCCAUGGUUUCUUGAUGAUCUACCGACAAAAACAUGCCAAAAAGGUGGGAAAGCUGCUUACUCGGCGUCCGUCGAAAUGCUCUUCAACAACACAGUAUACUGGGCUACCAACUUCAUGACAUUCCACACCGUAAUGAUCACCUCUCAAGAGUUCACAAUGGGUUUAGCCAAAGCACGCAACAUUUCGGAUAACAUCACAUUAUCCCUGAACGCCGACGGUGGUGAUCACUAUGUCUUCCCUUACAGUCUCUCUUACAUCUACUACGAACAGUACUUGACCAUGGUUGAAGACUCUUUGUUCCAAUUGACCAUAGCUUUAAUUGCUGUAUUCUGUAUCAGUUUUCUUCUACUUGGAUUCGACAUCUUGUCCACCGUGUGUAUAGUCUUGACUAUCACUAUGAUACUUAUCGACAUGGUGGGAUGUAUGUAUCUAUGGGACAUCGAUCUCAAUGCCAUAUCUUUGGUCAACCUCGUGCUGGCUGUUGGCAUGUCUAUUGAAUUCAUCUCUCAUAUCACUCGAUAUUUCGCUUUCUGCACGGAGAAGACCAGGGUUAAGAGAGCAGAGAAAGCUCUGGCACACAUGGGUAGCUCGAUUCUCAGUGGUGUUGCACUCACCAAUUUAGUCGGUACUAUACCAUUGGCAUUUGCUAACUCCCAGUUGUUCGUGGUGUUCUACUUCCGAAUGUUUCUGUUGAUAACGAUACUCGGUUGCGCACACGGUAUCAUAUUCCAGCCCGUUCUGCUCAUUUAUUUGGGUCCAAAGGUAAACAAAGCAAAACUUUUUAACGAAAAUCAGAAGUUUGGCGAUGCUGAUAUUGACAAGGUCAAGGACAACAUAGUGAUGUAUGAAAACACUGCACCGAUCUACAAAGUAAAUGAAGCUUUCGAGUACAGAGAAAAAGAUGAUUCCUCGAAUAUCUACGAAAUCCCAGAUCUCGCGUUAUACGUGAAAGACACGAAACGUCUAGCGCAGAAAUCGAAUGGUUUGGUUUGGGUUAUUGGAUUCGAAGAACAAGGACCCUUAUACCGAUUUCUGUAA